AUGAAUAAAUUUUUUGCGUUAAGCAAUUUUAAACGUCUGACGGAGUGUAGCAGAUCUAUAUCUACAAGAAUCACAGCAGAUGGGAAAGAAGUGCCCAAAAGAAAGAAUAUUGAAAGUAGGAUAACUUUAAUUGGGUCUGACAACUCAGUUAGUAUAACAGAUCUAAAGAGCGCUCAGAGUUUGUCCCUUAGACGAGAGUUGAAGUUAGUUAAAAUUCAAGAUGUUGACACAAAAACUAGGCGGCCUGUAUAUAAGUUGUUGACUAAUGCUCAGUAUCAUGAAGAGGAAAUUUCUAGGAGAAAAGAAAAACAAGUGCUAAGGGAAAAUGAGCUAAUUAAAGGACAAAAACUGAUUACAUUGUCUCCUAGAAUUGCUGAACAUGAUCUCAUGACAGGCAUUAAGAAAAUGUUAAAACUUUUAGAUAAGCAAUAUGAAGUGAAAGUUGUAAUUACUGGUGGUGACGAAGAGUCUGUUCAAAGUUUGGAAAGGAUACAAUCGGUGAUAGAGAAAAAUACAAAAUCGUCUGGAAACCUUGUUCAAAAAAGAAAUAAGGGAAACAGUUUAAGAUUUCAGUUGAUUCCACUAAGAGAGAAGACUACCCACCAUGGUAACAACGGCUCAAACCAGAAUGAAAAAACCCAAGUUGAAGACAAAGGUCCACUAUGA